AUGCGGUCGAUAGUGAUAAUUUUUAUCAUCUACAGUGUCUUGGAUUUUUGCGAUAGUUUAUGCAAAACGCAACAUGUUACAGUUAUAGGCCAAGUUGGCUGUGGUGGUCGUUCGGUCAAAAAUGUUGAAAUCGAGCUUCGUGAACAUGAUACACUAGAUCCUGAUGACUCACUUAAUACAACAAAGAGCGAUGGAGAAGGGAAUUUCAAUAUUCAUGGCCAAGAAUGUGAAGUAGGAAGCAUUAAACCAUAUCUUAGAAUCACUCAUAAUUGCGAUGACGGAGUCAUUAAUCCCCGCUGCGUGAUAAAGGACGAUAUCAGUAUCCCAGAACAACAUAUUGGUGGAACCUAUAAGAUGGGGAUUAUCAGUCUCAGUAUUGCCAGAAAUAAUCAUAAAAGACAAUGCAAUUAA